CGUCGUCACAGAGACAACAAUCAUUUUUCAGCUGUCGUCGCACUGCAAUUUGACAUCAUUCUUGACAAGUUGCCAGCUGAAAAACAUCUUGUAGGUAGCUGAGGUGCUGUGGCCAUCCGCUGCCGCCAAGUCGAUUUGCUAACAUCUUCCACUCUGGUGACUCUGCCCAUAAUAUCAAAUUGGAUUCCUGCCCGUAAAAACCGGGUUUCGUUUCGUUGCUUGGUCCUCAAUCGUCAUCGCAAGGAGGCCCUCGCUUGACAAGACAAGGGUGCGGCAAGCGAGUUUUUUGUUUGCUCGGGCUAGUAAUAAACAUCACCUCUCCAGAUCCAUUCCCUCGUCGCCCACGUUUGCGCACUCUCUUCUUCACCAAAGGGCGUCCCUAAUAGAGAGACUUGCCCUGUUACUUUCCUCUCCAUCUCUCCUGGUCAACAACGACCCUGACUAAUAUCAAUCAUGGAGCCGACUCUCACUCACAUGCUGUACCCUCGCCAGUCGGCGGGCAGCAAUCGGAAUGAGGGUUCCAACUCCUUGUCCGGCAUCAUCUCAACCUUGGUCCCAACCUUUGUCAUCGCCAUAAUCGCCUUUACGCUUUUUCUCCUCCUCCGAACUCGUUUUUCGCGUGUCUAUCGACCUCGAACGGACGAGAUACUCUUCCAGGAAGGAUGGCGGACUCCCAAGUCGAACACUGGCUUCUUCGGCCUAAUAAGAAAUUAUGCGAACCUCCCUGACAGCCAUGUCCUUCGACACAACUCUCUCGACGGAUAUCUUUGGCUCCGUUUCUUCAAAGUCCUCAUCGUCAUGUCUUUGGUCGGCUGUUGCAUUACCUGGCCCGUCCUGUUCCCAGUCAAUGCAACAGGCGGCGGCGGUCAGCAACAACUCGACAUUCUCAGCAUGUCCAACGUGGUAAACCCCAACCGGUACUUUGCCCACGCAGGUGUCGCGUGCAUCUUUCUGGGCUUCGUCGUUCUCCUGGUCGCUAGAGAGAGAAUCAACUUCAUCGGUCUGCGAAGAGCAUAUUUCCUCUCCGCUGCCCAUGCUCAACGACUUUCUUCACGCACCCUCAUGGUCCUCGGACUACCGCUUGAAUAUCAGGAUGAGAAGAUGCUGCGCCAAAUGUUUGGUCCACACGUGCGCAAGAUCUGGAUUGCCACCGACUGCAAGAAGCUCGAGGAUGACGUCAAGAAACAAAACAAAACCGCGCUGAAGCUUGAAGGGGCCGAAAUGAAGGUCAUCAAGAACGCCAACAAACUGCGUAUGAAGACGCUCAAGAAGCAAUCUACCGACUCGCCUACCGAGCAGAAUCCAUUGCACUGGAUUGAUGCCAAAAAGCGACCCCACCACCGCCUGAUGCCCCAGCUGUGGAAGAAGGUCGAUACCAUCAACUGGUCCCGUGGCACACUUACUGAACUUGACCGAUUUGUCCAACAGCAGCAGAGCGAGCACCUAGACAUGAAACAUACCAAAGUGCCUGCUGCAUUCAUUGAGUUUUCAAACCAGUCUGCUGCACAUUACGCCUAUCAAUCCAUUGGUAAGGACUCCAUGAACAAGUUCUCACCACGAUAUAUCGGCGUGCAACCCGAUGAGGUCGUUUGGAAGAACCUGGGUGUCAGCAACGCUUCUCGCAAGAUCAAGUUGCUCAUUGCAACGGCCAUCAUCUGGGUCAUGAUCAUCUUUUGGGCCAUUCCCGUCGCCUUCGUUGGUGCAUUGUCCAACAUCAACUAUUUGACCAACAAGGUGCCCUUCCUCAGCUUCAUCAAUGAUAUUCCCAAGGUUAUCCUCGGUGUUGUCACUGGUCUGUUGCCUGUCAUCCUCCUUGCAGUUUUGAUGGCUUUGGUUCCGAUCAUCUGCGGUCUUCUUGCCAAACUUGCGGGAGAGCCCACGUUGGCAGCUGUUGAGCUCCGAACGCAGACUUGGUACUUCAGCUUCCAAGUCGUGCAGGUCUUCCUGAUCACGACCUUCACAUCUGCUGCUACAUCCGUGACCACUCAAAUUAUACAAAACCCUGGCUCUGCGCCAACUCUGCUGGCCACUAACCUGCCAAAGGCGUCCAACUUCUAUAUCAGCUACUUUAUUCUCUUUGGACUUGCUCAAGCCGCCCUGCAACUCCUCAACAUUGUCCCGUUGUUGAUGUACACGCUCCUUGGCAAGCUUCUCGACAAAUCUCCACGGAAGAAGUACAACCGCUAUGUCAACAUCCCUGGUUUGGGUUGGGGCUCAGCUUACCCUAAAUUCACUCUCCUUGGAGUCAUUGCAAUCACCUACGCUUGCAUUGCGCCGCUGAUCCUAGGCUUUGCCACUAUCGGGUUCUGCUUGCUCUACCUUAUGUUCAGAUACAACUUCCUGUUCGUGCUCGGCAACAAGACCGACUUGAAAGGCGAGGGAUAUGCAAGAGCCCUAAAACAACUCUUGACUGGCGUCUACCUCUCCGCGCUCUGCCUUAUUGGACUCUUCGCGAUCGGCUGCAGCAAGAAUGCCAUUAGCGCUGGUCCACUAGCGAUCAUGAUCGUAUUUUUGGUCAUCGUCAUCAUAUUCCAAUUUCUGCUGGACCGCGCUUUGGCGCCGCUCGAGCAAACGAUGCCAUUGGAGCUGUUGCAGGGCAACAAAUACAGCACGACCGUCGUCGAGCAGAUCAUGGACGAGCACGAGAUGAAGCAAGACCAGAUGGAAGCUGGCUCAUCGAACCGAGGCAACUCCGUCCCCGAAUUUGUCAAGCAUGAAGGAGACGCGCCUCAACCUAAGAAGAAGCCUUUCAAUGCCUUGAGCCGAACAGUUGAACCAAUGCUGCUCAAGUUCUACGAGGCCAAUAAGAGCAUUGCACCAGCAGAGGGCGACCACAACAUCCCGGCAUACACCUCUGAGGAGUACGAACAGGCUUAUCUCAAUCCUGCCAUCACUUCUCCGGCACCUAUUGUGUGGCUGGCCAAGGAUCCUGCUGGUGUGAGCAAGAUCUUGGUCCAGGAGAACAGAGAGGCGGGCAUUGAAAGCACCGACGCGCAUGCUGAGAUGGAUGAGAAAAACAAACUGGUCUGGCGUGAGGAAAAGGUGAGAGAGGCGCCAUUGUGGCUGCGACCUGUACGAUAUUAAUUGAAACGAUGUCUCUUUUGCCGUCUUCGCGGCAAGGAUACAUUGAACGCGAAAGGCUUCCUUUUAUGCAUGAACUGGAAUGAAAGGUUUCGGUAGAGGCAUAUCCGUAAUACAAAGAUACCCUGUUUUAGCAAUUAAUCAUUAAUCACACGACGUCGUUCAUGUCUGCAGGGGUUAUAGUUCUGGGUGAUUGUUGUAGGUCGAC